AUGACUGAGUCUCAAUCCAAGCGCUUCGAACCCAAGGUGCCGGUCCAGCUGGACCCACCAAAAGACGACCUAAUCUCCGUGGAGGAAUUGGCCAAAUGCGAUGGCACCGAUCCUAGUCGCCCAACUCUUGUCGCCAUUAAAGGUGUGGUAUUUGAUGUGUCACGCAAUGCAGCCUAUGGAUCUGCUGGUCAAUAUCGCGUUUUCGCUGGCAAGGAUGCCUCUCGCGCUCUCGCUCGCUCUUCCCUCAAACCUGAAGAUUGUGUACCGGAAUGGUACGACUUGGAGGACAAGGAUAAGACAACACUUGAUGAGUGGUUUACCUUCUUCAGCAAGCGGUACAGCAUCGUUGGAAAAGUGGAGGGAGCGAAGAACACCUAG